AUGAGCUUCAUCUCAAAUGAUUCCAGUUACUGGCCGACUAUCAGUUUGAACAUUUUUUUGAGCUAUUGGGAAGUUGCCGCGGUCAUCGUGAUGGUAUAUGAUUGGGUCUUAACAUUCGGACAAGAGAUUGAACUCAUCUGGUACCUCAUGUUGGGCUUUAGCGUGAUACACUAUAUUGGAAUACCAUAUUCUGUAUCAUCUCUGACAAUUAGUGUCCGUCUUUUGGAAAAUAUGCCAUUGGUAUGGCUGACAGAUGCAGGGUGUGGAGCAAAUGUGGCCUUGUCUGCCAUGUUGGGCGUAAUCACAGUAAUAGCACUCAACAAUGUUGUACUGGAGGAGCUCAUCCUUUCUGGCACAUAUAUGUGCGGUUAUGUAUCUGAAGUGAACAACCAGCUUAUUUCGAUCAUUUGGACGCUCUACACUGUUUGGGAGGUCCUAGCACUGUGCCUUUCAGUCUGGGUUGCUGUGAAACACUUCCGUGAGCUGCGACGACUCAGCCCAUCGACAGGAUCGACUGUCGGGGACUGUUUCAGAGUGCUGAUACAAUUGCACAUUCUUUAUUUUGCAAGUUCCGCAUAUGUUAGCUUUGCCGGUGUCUCUUGCCUCCAGCUCACUGCUUUCUCUCCAGAAAUCUUGAAUUCAAAUUCUAUUGGAGUUUCAAUACUCCGAGGUGCUCUUCAAAUUUCAUUGGUCAUGCAGAUGUUUGUCCUGGGACCACGCCUUAUUCUGAGCGUUCGAGAAUACCACGCCAAAGUCAUGGAAUACUCUAACGCAGAAACUAGCAUGAUUUCGUUUGUUUUACAGGAGCGUGUACAUGUAUCCACUAGCAGUACUGUGUAGGGAAAUGCUUGCUGAGUGGUCUGCAGGGAGGAGAAAUUCGGUGGAGGGUUCGUCGUGGUAUUUAUCUAGCAUAUAGGGUUUCGAAGUAUAUUUAAAAGGUCCAGGCAAAGCUA